AUUUUGUUUGCUUUAGUAGGAGAUAGCUAUUACGAUUUAGUUUCCAAUUAGUUUUUAAUUAAUUUAAGUUUCCAAAUUGAUUGAAUUGUCUAUGGUGCCAGAAUGGUGCAAUAGCAAUGGUUGUGUGACAUCCCUCCCCCUCCCCCCUUGUGCGAUUCUCUCUCUCUUCUCUUUUCAUUCCCUGCCGAUAACAUUACCUGGAUAUUUAGAAAAAUUAGUUGGCACUUCUUCACGGCAACCCUAUUUGACCUCCUCUGAAAUCAAACAGAACCAGCAACUACCACUGGUUUCAGUACCAGAACCUGUAACUCUGCCUGCACUUAGUUCUGGAAGUUAGUUGUUGCUGGAUCUGUUCCAUAGGCCUAGGCAACUCUUCAUCUUGGAAUUCCUGGGUCGAUUGAGUCUGAUUGCAAGGGCUGCCAUCGAAUUCCCUUUCCUGGUUCUCUGCUGGGUGUGAGGAAGAAGACAGUAGCCCUUUUCCCUUUUUCCCCCCUUUGAUAUUAAAUACCCUUUUCCCUUUGUUUCUAAAUUGCACUUCAAGGUCUUCUUUAUUGCUUACUACCAUUAAUUUUACCUUUGUUCCAAGAAUAUCCCUUCCCAUCCUACAUUCUACUCCAUUUGGGUUUCUUUACUUUGUUAGCUUGAGUUCCCAUAUUUACUGUUUUGUCUUCCCACAUUGUAAACCCCAAUAUAAUUCAAAUCUGCCAUUGAUUAUUGCAAUGGAAUUAUUGAAUAUCCGACUGGGCCCAUAAGUGGAUCCAAAUCGGGUUUUGGAACCCUGGAUCUGCAUCAAUUCGCCUACUCUGUCUGAUUUGCAUGCCCUGAAGUAACCCAUGGGCUCACUGUCCGUUCUUCAGGUGACAAAGAUGAAGAAUGAAGCAUAGAAGAUGCAGACCUUAUGGACUGGAAUCCGAUCUUUCGGAUUGUCUUUAUGUUCUGCUUCUGUUCCUUCAGCUUUAUGACGGUGCAUUGACAGUGCUUUGCUUGCAAUUUUCAUGACUGGGAGAGAAGGUUUCUUUGCAGACAUAGGACUAGACUGACGUGUAGGCAUCCAUGGAGGCUGAUAUUAUACAAGCAUCAAGCAAGGAAAAUAAUGGAGGUGAUGAGAAUAUUCCAAAUGACAGCAUUGGGUUAGUAGGUGGGGAAGUAGUAGGUGAGGGUGAUAAUUCUAAGGCUGUUGAAAUGGAUGAGGAAUUAGAUGACGAAACAGAUGAAGAGGUGGUAGAUGAAGUAGAAAAGGAAUCAUAUGUAGAUGCAGGUAGUAAUGAGGGUGGCAAUACUGGUAAUGGUGAACUUACAACACCCAAUCCUUCCUCAAGGGUUCCUUAUGUUGGUUUGGAGUUUACCAAUGAGGAUCAGGCCUUCCAGUUCUACGAUGAGUAUGCGAGGUUGACGGGCUUUGGUAUUAGGAAGCAGAAGCUAUACCGAUCAAGAACAAAGAAGAUUGAUGGUAAAGGAGAACUCCUAUCACGGUUGUAUGUGUGCCACAAAGCAGGUUUUAAGCAGAAGAACGACAAACGACAGAGAGGAAAAGUAGUGAAGCAACGGCCGGAGGUCAGAGUUGGAUGUGAGGCACUGAUGCGGAUUAAAGCAAUUCCUAGUGGUUUCGUUGUGGACAAAUUUGUAGAAAGCCACAACCAUGAACUCGUCGCCGAGGAGGACACAUUCACACUGAGGUCACAUGAAGGAUGUAGUGCUGCUGUGAAGGUAAUGGUUGAGCACCUCAUUAAUGCAGGACUGAGCCCAACCCAAAUAUUUGAUGCCGUAGGGGAGGCCCUUCGUGUACAUGCUAACGUUGUGGAUAUUCCGAAAAACGACAGCUUACUUAUUUCUGAGGACAAUUACCCAAGCUGUUCAUGUGGUCGAGGGUUAAUGCGACCUGUGCUGGUCAUGGUACCUGGGUGGCCUGGUCAAAGACAAAUCUUAGUUUGCCCAAUCACCAGUGAUAAAGGUGUCGCUUGCUCUGAUGUGUUACCUUGGAAUCCUAUGAAAUGGCACAAGAAUAUCAACGGUGGUAGCGAUGCAAAGGUGGAUUACUUGCAAACACCGUAAGUUGAUGAUUUAGGAUGACAUAUCAACAUCACUAAUGAUUGUCCACAUGUUUUUUUGGUUUAGGAUGGCUACUGUUAUUACAUGUAAUUGUGAACAUGACAUUUUGAUGGUGUUGGACUAUUGUAACAAAGCUCGUUACUUGAUAUAUAAUGUGUCUAUAAUCUCUAUGGUUACUUGGUUUACGUAACCCAAAUUAAUUUCGAGAGGUUUUUUCCAA